AUGCCACCUAGAAAGAAGAACACAGCAAAGAAGUCCUGUGGCGGUUCUGCCAAGAAACUUUUGGCACCUGUCGGCUCUCCUCCGGUGCCCGCUGCGUCACACGCCGAAUCGUCCACGUCAUCCUUGGAGCCGGAAGACACUAGGACAACUGAAGAUCACAGUAUAUGGUGUUUGAUUUGUCGCGAUGGCGCGGAAGGUGACGUUGUACUUUUUGAAUGCAACGCGUGCCCCCGCGUCAUGUGCAGCAAAUGCAUUGAGGUGCCCAAGGCCCAUAUCGAUGACGUCCGACAUACGGAUGUAAUAUUUUUAUGUCUUUCUUGUCACUCGUUGCGGACGAUCAAGGAGCCCACGCCAUAUUUUGGCUUCUAUCAUAACAUUUUGCCAGAGCAAGGAGGAACGCCUGUACUCCCAGGCUUCCUGCAGCUCAAGGGCAAGUACGAGCUGGCGUCUAGCUCCAUCUUGGCAGCCACACCCCUUGCCGUCGUCCAUUUUAUCCUUGGUGGCAAGGACAGAAUCCCGACACCCGUUCCACUCCUCUCCCAUUACCUCGACAAGUUCUACCCCAGUGGCGGGUUUCUGUACAUCGAGAUCUUGUUCGACGUUGCUUCAUAUCAGCAGAUCGACAACUACACCCGCGACCAGGUCCGAACGGUUUCUGAGCUCACCAGUCACCUUGGUUCCACCGGUCGCAUCUUUGCGUUUCUCUCCAACCAUUCGGAAGAAGACAGUGGGUGGCUCUUUGCAGGGAAAGAGGGUCAAGGUGAGGGAGAGUAUGUUGCGAUGGAAGUUCAGCAUGUUCUCUCUACAGUGUUAAAGCCCUAUGCUAGGAUCCUCAAGUCCUCCCACAUCGUCUUCCUGGUCUGCGGCUCUGUGGUGGCGCACGAGACACCCUACACUCAGCUCAAGGAGGCCAUUCUUCAAUUCGACUUCGUGGGCACAAUCAUCUUUCCCGCACCUCGCUUUCAACCUCUUGUCGCCAUGAAUUUUUUGGUCGCCAUGAUGGAACUUAGCUGGGCCGAGAGGGUCGCUGUGACGGUUGCUGAUAAGAGUCGCGACGAGGACGCCCCAGACCGUGUCUCUGUUUGCCGGUACAUCUACACAUGCAAGUACACCAACUGUGGUAGCAUGCAAAAGUUGCCUCCCUACAAGUUGUCCGUCACCAAGCCUCCUGGGUCAAUUGUCAACAGCGCAAAGACCAAGAACUGCGCUUGGUUCCAGUCGCCUUCUACUCAUUUUGUACUUCAGUCUUCAGCUGUGUCUACCCAAGGCAAGCGCAUGAAUGAGGGGGUGCCUACUGGGACUGCCAAGAAGAUCCGCAAUGAAAUUGUCGCAAUUCAUCACACAAGAGAGGAUCCUGAGGAUUUACCAAAGGGAUUGAAAAAGGCUAUCCGGAGGUACUACCUCCAGUUCUUAACGGACGCUGAUGAUCGGCGUGAUGAGCAACAGAUCUUGGGAGAUGACUCAGAGCUGGAGGAAGAACUUGGCAUGUCCCCUGAGGACAGAGAGUUGGCGGCUCGUCCUAAGGACGCAGGGUUCUACAAGAAGGAGCUUAAGCUUGGGACGUCGCACAGAAACUCUUUAAGCAGGAGAUGGACGACUACGAUAAGGAGCAGCAACAGAAGAAAGGCCAUGACCUCUGCACAUCGGAAGGAGGUUGAGGAGGCGAGGGACAAGUGGAAUAGGGAUGGCGCCCCAGCAGAAUCACAGGCGAUGUAUCGAAAGAAAAACCUCAAAAAAGUUCUCGAUGAUUUUACAGAACAGAUUCGUCGUACUAUGGGUUGCCGACUCGUGAUGUUGGUCAGUCACAAGAAAAAUGCCGAUCAGACUUUAAGUGUCAAGAUUCAUGAGUCUCAGCCUGUCAAUCAGAAGAAAUCGUUUAGCCAGAGUUCUCGAGGAAGCAAAGAAUGGACGUCUGAAGGUUUUGAAAAAUAUGCCGAGUGGUCAAAGCUGAAUUCUGUGAACCCCACCAAUGAUGAUGAUGACUCCUCCGAUGAAGAAACGAAUGAUGGAAAGGAUGCAAUGCCCGAAGUCAUCCUGGAUAACCACGGUUACGCAAAGCUCCCUUCUCGUAAGGAACGAGUUGUUGAUUACUUCGUCUUUGUCGAUUUUAACUUGACUCACCUUCCGUUUUUCAGAAGUUUCACUGGUAGCAUGAAGCCAGUACCUUGGCUCUCAAUCACCGGUGAGCCUUUGCUGUACCUGGAUCCAGACUCCAUCCCCAAUGGUUUUACCGUGCAAGACCCAUCUCAUUUGAGAGUGAAGGAAAUCAACAAACUUUGGGGCCAUUGGGAAGCCCGGAAGGCUUCGAAGCAGAGACUCGUUAUUUUGUCGGAGCUGCAAGUGCCCACAUGA